CUCCCUCUCAUCUACAUGUUUCAUUCAUUAAACUUUGCGAUAACAUGGGAGCAGCAGUAGAGCACAGGACGUUGUAGACGUACGGUCACUGGCGGCGUCCAUGGAUUCAAGCUCACAGCCCGGCGCAAUAGGCAGCGGAGGAGGAGGAGAGAGAAACCAAAGGGAGGAGGACGAGGCGGCGGCGGCGGCGGCGGCAGAGGCCGGCUACGGCAGGCAGCUGGUGAUGCCCGAGGACGGGUACGAGUGGAAGAAGUACGGCCAGAAGUUCAUCAAGAACAUCCAGAAAAUCAGGAGCUACUUCCGGUGUCGGCACAAGCUGUGCGGCGCCAAGAAGAAGGUGGAGUGGCACCCGCGGGACCCCAGCGGCGACCUCCGCAUCGUCUACGAGGGCGCGCACCAGCACGGCGCCCCGGCGGCGGCGGCUCCUCCCGGUCCCGGCGGCCAGCAUCACGGCGGCGGCGCCUCCGACUUCAACAGAUACGAGCUGGGCGCGCAGUACUUCGGCGGGGCCGGCCGGUCGCAUUGACGCGGGGAGCCAGGGUCUUGUUUACUUUCUAAAAUAUUUUAUAAAAAUUUUCACAUUCUUUAUUACAUUAAAUUUUGCGGUACAUACAUGAUGCACUAAAUAUAGAUAAAAAAAAUAACUAGUUACAUAGUUUAUCUGUCAUUUGUGAGACGAAUCUUUUGAGCCUAAUUAGUUUAUGAUUGAACAAUAUUUGUCAAAUACAAACGAAAGUAUUGACAAACCGACAAGAAAGGCCGGCGGCGUUGCGUCACGUACGCAUGCAUCAGCUCCUGUGCUGGCCUCUGCUGGCUGCCGCUGCAUCGAUCGAUCGCUUUCGCUGCGCACCGGAGGGCAGCGGCAGGUGCUGCCGGUGCCGGUUGACGCCUUGCGCCGGCGCAACGUGAUGUUGAGUGCGGAUUAAUUGUUGCUGCUCCGGUUAACUCUCUGGUCUAGUGCUAGUGUACGGCUACUAUUAGGACGAUGGUGCAUAAUUGUAAUUUUGAUAUUGUACAUGCAUAAAAAACAAUAUUUAGCUGAAAGUGGGAAGUAGCACCGUCGCUAUUAUGUUUUGUUUUCUGCAAAGUGUAAACUUGUCGAAAGUCUCC